GGUUGGACGGAGCCACGGUGCUCACGGAGGAGCACGCGGUCCGCAACGAGAAGAAGCAGGUGCUGACGCACCUGCACCACGUGUGCACCGCACUGUAUGACGAGCUGGCGGCCUUCUUUCGCCACCAUGGCCCCCGCGCGCCGGAAACGGCCUCCAUCCGGGCGUUUGCGCGCCUCUUCGAGCACGGGGAGCAGAACCGGCACGUCCAGAAGGCACUGGUGCAGGUCCCCCACCGGCUACGGGAGGUGGUAUCCUGUGCAGAAGUAUCGUACUUACUCGUAUUGCAAUCAUGCAUCACGACAAAGCUUUCUCUUAAGGUAAAUCAGCAUAUACGAAUUUUAUCCCUCAUGCUGAGGAAAUUUGUAAUGCAUUGAUACGAGUACGAUACUACUUUUGCAAUUCAUAGGUGGAGCGGAGAAGCGAGGACCCGCUAGAAGCCGCGGAGCAGGAAGGCGAAAACGAG